UGAAUUUGUUGAUUUGUAGGGAGGAAUAGUUUGCUUAUGUGCUCGAAUUGUUGGGGGAUUUUGAGUUGAAAUCGAGUGUGUUCUAAUGUUGAUGGCGUGUUUUGAUUCCUGAGGGAUCAAUGGCGAGUAUUAAUGUUUCUAAGUACGCACACAGUCCCAUACACAAAGCUGUUGCGACCAAGGAUCAUGCCGGGCUCAAGACGAUACUCGCCGCACUCCCGUCUCUCGGGAACCCGGAUUUGAUUCGGACGGAGCAAGACUCGUUGGCCGAGGAAGAGAAGGCCGAUGCGAUCUCCACCGUGGUCGAUUUUCGCGAGGUUCCCAACAGGGAUACUCCUCUCCAUUUGGCCGUUAAACUCGCGGACGAGACGUCGACCGAAAUGCUUAUGAUCGCCGGUGCCGAUUGGAGCCUUCGGAAUGAGCUAGGAUGGAGUGCACUCCAAGAAGCGAUUUGUAAUCGGCAGGAAGCGAUUGCGGCGAUUAUCGUUCGGCAUUAUCCGCCGUUGGCGUGGGCAAAAUGGUGCCGAAGGUUGCCUCGCCUGUUGGGAACAAUGCGAAGGAUGAGAGACUUUUACAUGGAAAUCACGUUCCAUUUCGAGAGCUCUGUGAUACCUUUCAUUUCCAGGAUUGCUCCUUCGGAUACGUAUAAAAUUUGGAAGAGGGGUGCGAAUUUGAGAGCGGAUAUGACGUUGGCCGGAUUCGACGGUCUUAGUAUUCAACGUUCGGAUCAGAGUAUUAUUUUCCACGGUGACGGUUCCGAGGAUGGGAAGGUUCCGUCAGGAUCACUUUGUAUGAUCAAACAUAAGGAUAAAGAGGUGAUCAAUGCUUUCGAAUACGACGGUACCGGUUCUCAAUCAACCGAGGAAGAGAUUAAACAAGAAGUGGCUGCAAUGUUUCGGACUAAUAUAAUGCGACCCGGGAUAAACGUGUCGCAGGCGGUCCUUGUGCCGCAAAUGACGUGGAGACGACAUCCGAGAACCGAAAUGGUGGGUGCCUGGAAGGCUAAGGUGUACGAUAUGAACAAUGUUGUUUUUUUCAUCAAAUCUAGGAGGGUGCCAGGGGCCAUGACAGAUGAAGAGUUCUUAGCAGCUUCCAAUGAGAAUGAAACAGAGGGUGAAGAGCUCGAAGACAUCUUGACCGAAGACGAAAAGAGACAACUCGAAGUUGCUCUUAAGUCCGAUCAGUCGGAGAUAUCCAACGAGAAUGGCGAUUGCCGUCCCGAGGAGGGCAAUGGUUAUAAAAAUGCAGAGACUAAGCAGGAAAAGAAAGGAUGGUUUGGCGGAUGGAGGAAACGGGAUUCAAAGAAUGAAAAAGCGAGUGAUUCGGUUGGAGACACUCCAUCUGGGAGUCGGAUAAAACCAAGUAAACAUUCUGUGGAGACCGCAGCAAAGGAGGACGAGCAUCGAAGGGUAACGGAUUCAAGAACAUCGACUUCUACGACUUGGGAGAGUGUUAAUCAGCAUCGGGAUAGUGGCCGGGGCAACGAGUUUAGGAAAGGGUUGAAGACUGUUCUUUGGCUUUCUUCCAACUUCCCAUUGCAAAUCGAUGAACUCUUGCCAUUGCUAGACAUUCUAGCAAACAAAGUUAAGGCCAUUCGUCGGUUAAGAGAAUUGCUCACUACAAAGCUUCCACCCGGCACCUUCCCUGUCAAGGUUGCUUUCCCUGUGGUACCAACAGUGAGAGUAUUGGUUUCUUUCACCAAGCUCGAAGAACUACAGCCAGUCGGAGACGAGUUCUCGACACCCCCUUCGAGCCCCCGUUCGGGACAAGAAAGAUCCUCGGCAACACGCCCGACGGGUUCGUCUUGGUUUCAGUGGAUAAAGGUGCCGUAUCCACGCCAGGGCACAUCCGAAAAGACGGAAAAUGUUCAAGAUCCAUUCGCAAUACCCCAAGAUUAUACUUGGAUUACAGCUCAAGAAAUGAAGAAGAGGCUGCAAGAGAAGAGCAAAGCAGCAGCAGCAGCUGCGGCAGCUAAGAAAGGCAAGACUCAGAACCCCAAGGUCCCAGAA